AUGUUCAAAGGAAGAGAGCCCCCCCCUGGGGCUACUUCCGAUGAAGUUGCCGACACUGAGGACCUUCCAGAGUAUAACCGAGAGAUCACAGACGUCCUUUGCACCCUUGGCGACCGCUUCGAAGUGGAAGACUGGAUCGACAGGCACCUCCAAAGCUGGAAGAGGGCUCUUGAAAAAAAGAGCAAAGCUAGAAAGAUCACUGAAGAGCUCCCUGUCUCUACUUCAGUCAGUUUCACCGACAGUGUCUACCAGAUUCCGCCACCAGGCGUUAAGCUUUCCGACGAACAUGUUUACCUUAUAUCGAAACACCUCUCUAUCAAUGACCGGAAAGGGAAAUUGCCGGAGGACUUCAACAGCGGCGGCGACCUCCUAGCUACUCACGUUCCAACGGACCCCGCCCCACUCUUUCACGCAUGGGGCAUUCCAUUCAUCGCGGUUUCCGGGGCUAUCUUAUCCUCUGCGGAAGGGAGGCCUCCAAGCGCUAUGUUAUCGCCGACACAGCGUUUGUGA